AUGGCCAAUCCUGUCCCGUCAGCCUGCUGCGUGGUGCUCGCCGCAGUGGUGGUGGUGUAUGCUCAGAGGCACAGCCAGGACAUCCACAUCCAGUAUGAGCGGGUAGGUGCCGACGUGACCAUGAAGUGUGGCUCCAUGGACUGGGAUGCAGCUGUGACCUGGACAGUCAAUGGCACUGACAUUGAUGACUCCCACCUGAACGGGUCGUACCUGAUCCUGAAGAAAGUGGACCUGACUCAGAACGGCCAGUACUCAUGCUACGAGGGCUCCUCCUGGCAUCUCAAGUACCAGACCUUCCUUAGGGUGGGAGUCCCUCCAAAAGAGCCAGUGCUGAUGUGUCGGUCCAACAACUACCCGAAGGGUUUCUACUGCAGCUGGCACCUGCCCAGCCCCACCUACAUCCCCAACUCCUUCAACAUCUCUGUCAUACAUGGCACGAGAGAGAUGGUCUGUGAAAAGGACAUCUUCCCCAAAAACAGGUGUCACAUCAGAUACCUCCAGCUCUUCUCAACAGUGAAGUACAAGGUUACUCUGACCGUCACGAAUGCUCUGGGCAAAAACUCCACCACUCUCACCUUUGACGAGUUCGCCAUAGUAAAGCCGGAUCCUCCAGAGAGCGUGGUGGCCAAGCCUGUGCCCAAUAACCCGAGGCGGCUGGAAGUGUCAUGGCAGAACCCCUCAUCCUGGCCCGACCCUGAGUCCUUCCCCCUCAAGUUCUUCCUGCGCUAUCGGCCCCUCAUCCUGGACCAGUGGCAGCACGUCGAGCUGUCGGAUGGCACAUCGCACACCAUCACAGAUGCCUAUGCUGGCAAGGAGUACAUCAUCCAGGUGGCCGCCAAAGACAACGACAUCGGCACGUGGAGCGACUGGAGCGUGGCUGUGCAUGCCACCCCCUGGACGGAGGAGCCCAAGCACCUCACCACGGAGGUUCAGAUCACAGAGACGACGAGCACCAGCACUUCCUCUUUCAUGCCGCCCCCCACCACCAAGAUCUGCGACAAGGGGGCCGGAGUGGGCAGUGGCGCCGUGGCAGUGUGUUGGACAGCUGGACUGGUCUUGGCUGCCUAUGGUGUCCUCUUUAUUUAG